AUGACGCGCAGAAAUUACCAGAUCAUCGCAGCGCGCAGCGCGGAAGACGUAGCAGCCGUCAGAGCUUUAUUCGAAGCCUAUGCAGACUCGCUCGGGAUCGACCUCACGUUCCAAAGCUUCCAGUCUGAACUACGCACCCUCCCGGGCCAAUAUGGCGGUCCACAUGGAGAGCUUCUACUAGCGUACGAUAUCAAAGGUAAAACUGCCCUGGGCUGUGUGGCUGUUCGCCCUUUCGUUGCGAAAGAUCACGGGACAACCUGUACGUCGGGUGAGGACCGCAUGGCUUGCUGUGAGAUGAAGCGGUUGUACGUUUCUCCUGACGCACGGGGGAUGGGGCUGGGCAAGACGCUCGUGGAUGCGAUCAUCCAGAAGGCGAAGGAGCUUGGAUAUCGAGCGAUGAGGCUUGACACGUUGUCGACGAUGGUUGGGGCGCAGCAGCUCUACAGAGGCGCUGGAUUUGUCGAGAUACAAGCCUACUAUGAAACGCCGUUAGACGGGACGCUGUUUCUGGAAUUGAAUCUUACUUCAUCAUAA